AAGCGGGCGGGGAGGCCCUCGGGGGCCCGGGCGGGGGAGGCUGCGAUGCCCGCCCCCCACCCCGGCCUCGUCACGGUCAGCGGCCGCCCGUGUCCCCCCCCAGGGCCCGCGGACAUGUCCGAGGCGAAGCAUCGCAAGAAGGCGGGCGCCAAGGGGGCGCCCCCGGAGCCGGGCCGACGCGGCGAGGCCGGGCAGCCCCCGGAGCCGGCCCGGGGAGCGGAAGGCGGCGGCGGCGGCGGCGGCGGCGGCGGCGGCUGGGCGGACCCGCGGACCGUGCUGUGCCUGCUCUCCCUCGGGACCAGCCUGGCCUUGGCCUGGUUUGUAUUUCAUCAGUCAGAAAAGUUUGAUAAUGUAGAAAAUAAAUACCAGCUACUGAAAUUGGAAGCCACAGAGUUCCAUAGCCUUCAAAGUCAAGUCGAUUUAAUUUCUGAAAAGCUUGAGUCUACUGAAAGUGUCCUGCAGGAAACUACAUCAGCCAUGUCUUUGAUGACCCAAUUUGAGCAGGAAGUGUCCAGUCUCCAUAACAUCAUCCAUGACAUUAAGAACAGUGAGCAGAUGCUCAUGCACAGGAUGCAGAAUGUUAACGUGAAAUUUAAGAAUGUUACAGAUUCCUGGAAAAGAAACCUAGAUGACAUGAAUGCUCAUACUGGCGGUUUAAAAUCCGAAGCCAAACGUAUGCAUUCUCAUGUCACUGGCCAAAUUAAUUUGGCUGAGCAAGGCAUAAAGUUGCUCACUGAAAGGCUCAAAGAUUUGGAAGACAGCACUAUGAGGAAUAUUAGAGCCAUCAAGAGGCAAGAAGAAGACGACCUUUCACAAGUGGAAGAGCAGCUGGUAUCCGAUACAAAAGCCGUUGAAAAGUUAGAAGAGGAACAGAGAGGUCUUUUUGCUAGAGAAAUAGAUCUGAGCAACAAGCUUACUGACUAUGAGCCUAAAGUGGAAGAAUGCAAGACCCAUUUACCAGCACUUGAAAGUGCUGUUCACUCGGUUCUGAAGGUCUCCCAAGAUCUGAUAGGGACAGAGAAGAAAAUGGAAGAUUUAACCAUGAAGAUGUUUAAUAUGGAAGAUGAUAUGCUGAAAGCAGUGUCAGAUAUUAUGGAUAUGCAGAAAGCCCUUGAAGGAAUGCAGUAUGAUAACAGCAUGCUGAAAAUGCAGAAUGAACUACAUUUUCUAAAGGGCAAAGUUCAAGAGUUCAUAGCAUCUUCAAGUAUUAGGGAAAAAGGAAUUUUAGAAUACGACCUAGAAAAUAAAGGGAUUGGCGAACAGUAAAUUCAGCCAAUUCGUGUUAGGAGGAAGUGUGUUAUCUCAUACAUUUGUAUCACGUUUUGUAGUUAUUUUGAUAUAUGGUAAAAAUGCCUCACUUGUGCAGCAUGUUUACAGAACAAGGGGGUUUCAUUCACUUAAGAGGCUUUUUCGGAUAACCAAAAUGUAGCCAUUUAAAUACCAGAAUUUCACAAAAAUCAUAACCAUUUUCACUUAGGUUUCGAAAAUGUAUGACAUAUUUCCUUGCUUUCUUAAACAGAGUAUAGUUGACAUCAUUUAGCUUCUAAGUUGUCAUUAUAAGCGUGAGCUAUUUUACAGAGCUGAAAUACAAUUGUGACUUCAGGUGGCCACAGACUGCUAUGAAUUUUGAGUCAUUGUGUGGUAUAGUGGAUUGUCGUGUGGUAUAGUGGAAACAGCACUAGACUGGGAGUCGGAAGACCUAGGUUUGGGUCCCAGCUCUCCCACUUCAGGAGGCAAGUCACUGGGCCUCUGAGCCUCAUUUCCUUUCCCUUUCUGUGAGAUGGGAAUGAUGGGGCCUGGCCUGCCUACCUCACACCAGUGUCGUCGGUGAGGAUGAGGCUUUGUCAGCACAGUGGUAGCACUCACUUCUUGCUAUCAAUAUGCAUACUUCCAGCAGUACCCCCUCACCUCCACUGCUGAUAUUCUCUUAAGCUUUUGUGGGCUAGGAAAUGAGACAAACACUUGGUCUGAGUAGGAAGAGUAAAUAAAUAAAUAGGCUCAGGGGGUGAGCUUUGAGGGACUCACCUACGAGUUCAUUGCAUGAGCAUCAUUAGUGCAUGGACAAUUCUGGGUUAUCCGUUCUGGCUAAGCAGAUCUUUAGUUUGCUCACACCUUGUUUCUUACCUGUGUUCUGUAUGCUUGAGCUUAUCAGAUAAAUGAAGUAAUCUGUUUAUUGCUCAGAUAAACUAAAUAAACCCAUGGAUUGUAUUGGGGGGAGUAUACUAAAUAAUAAAAAUGGUAAAAUAAAAUUUAGAGACUA